UUCAAAAUUAAAAUUUCAUUUGUCACCAUGCUAUAUCUACAGCACCUUCUUUCUGCUUUUUUCUUACCCCAUUUGAAUCUCAAAAUUCAAAAAGACGGAAAGGCUUUUAAGCCCAAUAGUAAAUGGGCUGCAACGGCUAAUCCAAGCACUUUAGCCACGUGUUAAUAAAUGAGUGGUGCAAAAUCAAAUACUUGUUGCUUUGGCGGAUUUUGCCUGUUAUAUGCUCUGCACUGAUGCAGCUGAGCAGACGUGUCAGCUCUCUUCCCUCUCUCUCUGUUUCAAGGUUUAAAGAUGAUGAAGAGCAAAGGAUCCAUGGACGUCGUCACUCAUCUUCCUCCACAGUUGCCAUCUCUCUCUGACCUUGAAGCUCGAAUGGAACUCCUGCGUGUGUCUGCUCUUGAAGAAAGUCAAGGAGGUGAUGAUACGUUUGCUCAACGUGCUGAAUGGUUUUACCAGAGAAGACCUCUCCUUCUCUCACUUUGUCUUGACCUUUACAACGGCUACAUCACUCUCUUGGGCCGUUCUCAUCAAACCAGACAGAACCAGCAGCUUAAACCCACAGCUUUUCCUCCUAUUCAUCUCCUCCACGAUGAAGAAGACUGCGUAACAGAGGUUGAUUCCGGUAGCGAGAUCAGUUCCGAGAGCAUAAUAUCCUUUCAACAGAUGGAAGACCCUGCUGUGGCCUCAGAGGAAGUCGAUGAGCUCGUGUCACAGCUUGUGACUGCAAACUUGGACAAAGAGAUUCUGCAACACGAGUUACUCAACAAGGAGGAGCAGUUUCAUGAAGCCUCCAAGACCAUAGAGCUGUUGAAGAAGUUCGUCAUGUUGCUAGAGAUGGAGAAGGAAGUGGCUAUGGAGGAAAACGCUAAUCUCGGUUACAAAGUCACGUCUCUGUUGGAGGAGAACAGAGAGCUAGCCACAGAGGCGUUGUUCAUGAAGAACGAAGCUGUUGGGCUAGCUAGGUGUGUGCUUAAGAUGAGAGAUGACCAUUUCCACAAGGUAUGCAUCCUCCAGAACCGCAUCUAUUCGCUUCAGGCAUCGCAGAACUCAGAGCCUGUCUAUGAUAAGGUCUCAGCGGGAUGCUUUGGCCUGGAUAAGUACAAGACCAAGAAGAAGAAGGAGAACAAAACCGAAGAGAAGAACGGAUUCAAGUGGUUGAAGAAGCUGAACAACAUUAACCUCUUCACAAAGUCCAGCCUUAACUCAUCAGCUGCUCCAUCAUCCUGCACUCUCAACUUUCCUAAUUAAUCUAUCCUUUGUUGUAUUAGUAAACUAUGAACAAUGCAUACGUACGUGACUGUGUAUGUUCUACCGCCUUGUUACGGUUUAAUGCUUUUCAGUGCAUCGUCCUGAUGCACACAGUUUGUUCGACCUUGCAAACUAUAUGUGACUCUUCAAUCCAUAAAUGUAAGGUUUACAUGACUUAACUAAUC